GGAUCCAACGCGGCCACGACCCCUCCCCACGCUCCUCUCGGUGGACAGCGGCGGAGGGCGGCGGCUCCUGGACAGCAACGACGACGGCGACCUCCACCAGUCCCCGGCUCCAACUUCCCCGUCCCUGUUGCUUCAUCGCGACGGGCGCGCUGCACGCCUCUGAUGUGGCCUCCUCCUGAUGCGCCCUCUCCUGCCUCCCGGCGCCUCCCGGCCAGAUCCAUCCUCGUCCUGGCCGGAUCCGCCUUGCCCCUCGGUGGACACGGCAGGCCACACGCAUUCUUCCCCCUUCCUUCAUCUCAACCCGGCGCCACCAUCAGAGAACCGGCUCCUCUUCCUACCUUACGCUCGGCCGUAAGGAGGGCAGCAGCAGCCAGGAUCGAGCUCCUCCUCCCUCGACGCGGGGCCGCGUCCUGGCGAGCGCCCUUUCCUGCGACUUGUCUGGACGACGGUGCACGCGCAAGGCCACCUCCCUGGUACUCCUCAUUGUCCUCUCAGGCAGCGGUGCCAUGGCGGAGCCCUACAGCGCUCCGGCAGCGCUCCCGCCUUGACGCUCGGAGGCAAGAUGUUGCAGUGCGGUUCGCGGGAUAACGACACAAUUAUUGUAUCUGUUGUGGAUGACACACCCACUUGCGGUUCGCUUGGCGUGACAGCGCAGUUCUUUGCUCUACGUGUGGUUUUCGCCGUUCGGCAGUGUAUUUUCAGUGGUUAUGCAGUGUAGCGGGCGCACGCAUGUAGUCCAAUCGGAUCCAAAAUAAAGCGACAGAGCUGGAACUACCCAACAAUGGAGUAGUCCAGUAGCGUGCGGAGGGUAAAGGCACAGGGGCGCGCAAGCACAAUCCCUUGCCACACGGCGCAGGCUAAUUUCAAUUUCAGUGGUGUUUAUUGUGUGCUGCGGUGUCUGUAUGCGUGCAGUGCACUGCUGUGGUUCCCUUUGUAAAAACAAUAACAAAAACAUAGCAAAAGAAGUUUGUUUCAUUUUAGAUGUAGUUCAUGUGGUUCACUACCUUUCACCAUGUGGUCCACAUAAGUCUACAAAAAGGAGUAAGAAAAAAACACAAAAAAGUCAUGUGAUUCAAUUUGGCCAUUUGAAAGUGCACUCAGUAAGAAAGAGAAGACACCAUUUGCAGUGCAUUUUUUUUGCUAAUUUUACAAGGACGAGAAAUUGUAACCGAAUUCAAUAUCAUGCAACUCUUGACCCUAUGAGUAAUGAGGUCCACUUUGAAGUGUGUUGA